AUGCUGUCCCGUCCCAAGACGGCUUCCGCACGCUUUGGCGGCAGCGUCGACGACCUCGACGAGGGAUCAACAUCCGACGCAUCCUCCUACUACACGGAUGCAUCUGAUCAGCGUCCACCUGCUGGAGGCAAAUUCGAGCAUGCAACUCCCUGGGCCUGGGACUUUACAGGGGCCUUGGUAGAAAUCCUCCCCAUUCGCAAUCGCAACCGCAGUCCAGUGACGCCAACGGCGAACACCGCAUCCUCAGCAAAGGUCUCCAGUCAACAUGAUGAUCUCUCCUCUCCAUCCUCAUCUCCACGCGUCAACAUUGGCGAUGCUACGUGCGUGCGCUUCGACUUGCGACUCUCAGAGCUUGCCAAGUCAAGCGGCCUGGACUCUCUGACCAUCGAGGUGUAUCUUCCUGACCCCAACUCUCAAGAAGAACUGAAAGCCAUUGACAAGAAGAAUAAAGACAUGGCUGCAGGGACCAUCGCUCGACUUCCCGCCAGCAAUGCAGAAGCGUUGCCCGAGUCUGGCAAUUUAGUCCUCUCAGGCCUCCCUUCCCUCAUUCAACCGACGCUUGACGCUUCUUCUAAUGCUGCAACUGCUGCGUCCAAUUCAGAUGCGGCUACCAUGGCCCCUCAAGAGACCAGCGGCUCCCAGAUGUCUGGCAGCGCUAUCGGUGCCAUCGAUACUCAGGCAAGCUCUACAAAUGGCGCGCCCAAAGACAAAGUGCUCUCUCCUAGUGCCAGCCCGACCAACACGGUGCCGAGUCCAGGCAGCGCCUCUUCCAAGUGGGCCGUCUUGAGUCUACCAUCGAGCCCGACUGUACAACAAAAGACCGUCACCCCAUCCGUCGUUUCUUCCAUCUCGGCAGGUCUCGCCAUUCGCGGUGCAGGCAAGCAAGUUGCGAGCGAUUGGGACGUCGUGCUGGAUGAUAGAUGCGAGGAUGGCAUCCGAAUGAAGAUUCCAGACGUAGUCAGCAGCGACGAUAUGGAGGAGGAGGAGGAUCUAAAGAAGAUGAAAAAGGACGAGGGGCUGCCCCGAAACCUCAUCUAG